AUGAUGAUAACUCAAGAUCUAUUCCAAGAAGAAGCACAAGCUGUUCAUGAAGAAUCUGCAGCUAAGCUCAAGUUUAAAAUCAAUGGAACUCAAAUCCCUUCUAGAAAGAUAAUGACUAGAGGGAAGUCUUUGAAAGCUAAAGUACUCUCAAGAGUGUUCCCUGAGGAUCUUGAGAGAUUAAAAUACAAAAUACUCGAUCCUCGUGGAAAAGCAAUACGAAGAUGGAACAAAAUCUUUCUCAUAGCAUGUUUGGUUUCUUUAUUCGUCGACCCUCUGUUUUUUUUCUUACCGGUCAUGAGAAAUGAAGCUUGUAUCACCAUUGGUAUCAGACUCGAAGUGGUUCUCACGCUAAUUAGAUCGUUGGCUGAUGCUUUUUACAUCGCUCAGAUUCUUAUACGUUUUAGAACCGCUUAUAUCGCUCCUCCUUCUCGUGUAUUCGGUAGAGGAGAGCUCGUGAUCGAUUCCACAAAGAUUGCUUGGAGAUACCUCCAUAAAAGCUUCUGGAUUCAUCUGAUUGCUGCUUUACCCUUACCUCAGGUGUUGAUUUGGAUCAUAAUCCCCAAUCUAAGAGGCUCACCGAUGACAAACACCAAGAACGUUCUUAGGUUCAUCAUCAUUUUCCAGUAUCUUCCAAGGAUGUUCCUUAUCUUUCCGCUUUCUCGGCAGAUCAUUAAAGCCACGGGUGUUGUAACAGAGACCGCUUGGGCAGGAGCCGCCUACAACCUCAUGCUAUAUAUGCUAGCAAGCCAUGUUUUAGGAGCUUGUUGGUAUUUGCUUGCAGUAGAGAGGCAAGAGGCUUGUUGGAGACAUGCUUGUAACAUGGAAAGACCAACUUGUCAAUACAGAUUCUUCGAGUGCAGAAGAUUGGACGAUCCCCAAAGAAAUUCUUGGUUCGAAUGGAGUAAUAUCAGUACAAUAUGCGAACCGGGAACUAAGUUUUACGAGUUUGGUAUAUACGGAGACGCGGUUACAUCAACUGUUACUUCAUCAAAGUUCUUAAACAAGUACUUUUAUUGUCUAUGGUGGGGCUUGAAGAACCUCAGCUCUUUGGGACAAAAUCUCUCCACGAGCACUUACGCUGGUGAAAUUCUCUUCGCCAUCAUCAUUGCGAUUCUGGGGCUUGUUCUCUUUGCAUUGCUCAUUGGAAAUAUGCAAACAUAUCUACAGUCUACGACAGUGAGACUCGAAGAAUGGAGGAUAAGAAGGACAGACACAGAACAAUGGAUGCGACAUAGGCAGCUUCCUCAAGAGCUAAGACAAGCCGUAAGAAAAUAUGACCAAUACAAGUGGUUGGCCACACGAGGAGUCGAUGAAGAAGCGUUAUUGAUAAGUCUUCCUCUUGAUCUCAGAAGAGAUAUCAAACGCCAUCUCUGUUUUGAUCUUGUUCGCCGUGUACCGUUGUUCGAUCAAAUGGACGAAAGGAUGCUUGACGCCAUCUGCGAGAGGCUAAAACCGGCAUUAUGCACAGAAGGUACGUUUCUUGUGAGAGAAGGCGACCCGGUUAACGAAAUGCUCUUCAUUAUCAGAGGCCAUCUUGAUUCCUACACAACCAACGGAGGCAGAACAGGAUUCUUUAACUCAUGUCUGAUAGGACCAGGCGACUUCUGCGGCGAAGAGUUGCUUACAUGGGCGCUAGAUCCUCGUCCCGUUGUGAUCUUGCCGUGUUCCACACGCACGGUUAAAGCCAUUUGCGAAGUUGAAGCCUUUGCGUUGAGAGCUGAAGAUUUGAAAUUCGUGGCUUCGCAGUUUAGAAGAUUGCAUAGCAAGCAAUUGAGACACAAGUUUCGUUUUUACUCGCAUCAAUGGAGGACUUGGGCGGCUUGUUUUGUACAAGCGGCUUGGAGAAGGCACAAGAAGAGGAAGUACGCGACUGAGCUGAGGGCAAAAGAGGCAUUUCACUGUAGGCUUGAGGCGGCUGCGUCUGCGGUUAACGACGGAAAGUUUACCCGAAGUGAAUCGGAUUCUGGUAUGAUAUCUUCGAUUCAGAAACCAGUAGAACCUGAUUUUUCUAGUGAAUAA